CAUUUUUUGAUACGGUUCAACAACACUCCUAUUUAGUUUCUGAAAAUAUUUAUAAAAUGAUUUGGAUAACAUUUGUUUUACUUUUAACAUUGGAAAUUAAAAAAAGUUCAACUCAGGAGUACACCGAAGUGUUAUCUUUGAAAAACUUUGAAGUAAAAAAAGGUGAAAAAGUUGCUACAUUGUUGUUUCUAUCUAAAAGUUUCAAAAUUGAUUUUGAAUUUUGCUUUACAACUGUUGGUGAGAACAACAAUCCUAAGAAGCACAGGACGGCCUUAUUUCGCGUUGGACCAUCAAGUCCUGAUACUUGUGAUUCAAAAUGUGAACUUAUGCAAAUCUGUAAAUCAAAAUAUUUAUACGCAUAUUUUGAACACACGAAAAAAAAAGGAAUAAAUAUGAUACUUGGCAAUUGCCUGACUGGGUAUUACAAAGAAAACUAUUUAUCUGUUAAUCCAGGAUGUAUGCAGUUCCAAAUAACACAGUUUCCUGUUAAUGGGACUUAUUUGUCUACAAUUAAAGUUAAUAAUGGACAGCUGUCUAAAUUUCAAAACAAGCACCCAGAAGAAUACCAGCUUGUUGAUAUAUUAUUUUCUGACGAUGAAUAUGUUUCACAACAUGGUGUAGUCACAUAUCUUAGUGUGUCUAAUGCAGACUGUUGUACUUUAAGUGAAUGGACAUCAUGGGGAAAAUGUUCUUCUACAUGUAAAAACGUUUUAUCUGUACCACAACAAAAACGGAUUCGAAAAUGUUUAGACAGAGGUAGUAAUUGCAAAGGAGAAUUGAUAGAGCAAUUUCAAAAUUGUAAUGAAUUGUUUUUUUGUACAGGAUACAGUGAAGUUCUCAGUGAAAAAACUUUUGAAGUAGAAAAAGGUAAAAAAUGGGAUAAAGUAGUGUUUUUAUCUAAAAGUUUUGAAAUUAAUUUUGAAUUUUGUUUUACAACUGAGAAUAAUAAUCUUGAACAGAGUCUGACAAACUUAUUUCGCAUUGGGGAAAAAAUUUAUGGGUAUGAAACCUGUGAAUCAAAAUAUUUAACUGCGUUUUUUGGACCUGCUAAAGCAAAAGGAAUAAAUUUGAAGUUCGGUCAAUGUCUGAGUGGGACAUACAGCGAAAAAGAUUUAUCUAUUAAUCCAGGAUGUAUACGGUUUCAAAUAGCACAGCGUUCUGUUAAGGAGUAUUAUCAGUCUAUAAUUAAAGUUGAUGAUGUAGAGUUGUUUAACUUUCAAAACCGAAACCCAAAAGAUUUACUGAAUGUUUAUAUAUUAUUUUCUGACGAUAAUUAUGCUUCACAACCUGGAAUAGUCAAAUAUCUUAAUGUGGCUAAUGCCGACUGUUGUACUUUAAGUAAUUGGAGAGAAUGGUCAGAAUGCUCACACACCUGUCAACCUGAUUUUACUGUACCAUAUCAAACUAGAAGGCGCGGUUGUUUAGACACUUCUUUAAGUGAUACUUGUUAUGCAGAUUCAAUGAAAGAAUUUAAAAACUGUAAUGAGUUUCCUUGUCCAGGUAUAAACUUGAGGACCAUUAGUUAAUAUUGUUAACAUCAUUGCUAACAUCAAGUUAACAGUUUUGAAGAUAAAGACGUGUGAAAAAGAUAAUUAAAAAUGUAAAAGCAGCAAAAAAAUUUUUACUUUUUUAAAAAGUUUAUCAUCUUAAAUGUAAUAAUUUCUUAACGAAUAUUUCAUUUUGUAUUUUUUUAAGUUUUUUUUUUGAGUAUCAAGAAAUAUAGUUUUGAAUUGUUUUUUUAUACGUACUCUAUGAAUUUAUUAAAAAAGGUGAUAGUAAUAUUGUAUUAGUAAUGAUGAUUUUUAAGUUAUGAUUAUUUAACGUGUUUUUUAUUUAUCAAAACUAAUUCGAGUUAUGAAGAGCAUUUAUGACGUUUAUAAUUUAUGCAUUUAUGACGUUUAUAAUUUUAAAUAAAUCUUGAAAACAAAA